CGGGUCUCGAAACCUCUUCAAAUUCCGCCAACUACAAUCGCGUGCAAACACGCACAACACAACGCAACAGAUAUUUAAAUCUUUUUCCUGUUCUGUGCCCUUUUAGGAAAGAUCAAAUCAAAUCAAAGAGGUUGCUUCCGAAGUCAUUUUCCUCAUUUUCUAUGCAAACCUAAAGAUCCAGAAGCCAUUACCACAAACACAUCCCUACCUUCCUUCCUCUGCUUGGGCCAGCGAUUAGAGAUGGCUGGAAAAACUGACGAUGAAGUGGUAGAUAUUGAGAGUGAUUCUAGUGGUUCUUUCAAUGACGAUUCAGACGAUGAAGGAUCUCUGCCUCCUGAAAUAGAUGACAGCAUGCAUCUUGAGGAACCUUUGACCGAGGAGGAAAUAGAAGACCUUAUUUCUGAGUUGUUAGAAGUGGAGAGUAAGGCUGCAGAGGCCCAAGAAGCUCUUGAAGAGGAGUCUCUUGCCAAAGUGGAGAGUGAAGUUAGACAAGAAUUGAAGCAAACUCUUCAGGGGGAUGAUUUGGAAAGUGCUGUUGCUGAUGAGAUGACUACUCUUAAAGAAGAGUGGGAAGCUGUUCUGGAUGGCCUUGAAACUGAAAGUGCCCACUUACUGGAACAACUUGAUGGGGCUGGAAUCGAGCUCCCAAGCCUUUAUAAGUGGAUUGAAAGAGAAGCUCCCAAUGGUUGUUGCACUGAAGCAUGGAAAAGGAGGAAUCAUUGGAUUGGGUCACAGGCAACUGCUGAAAUUGCUGAGUCAAUUGCUGAUGCUGAGAAGUAUCUACAAGUCAACAGACCUGUUAGAAGGCGACAUGGUAAAUUACUAGAAGAGGGUGCUAGUGGCUUUCUCCAAAAAAAGCUUUCUCAUGAAACUGAGGAGCCUGGGAAGAAAGAAACCCAUGGUGAUUGGGAUCUGUUCAAUAACAUAGUUUCUGAUGGGAGUGGCGUUGAUGCUUCAUUUGGAAGUAAGCAUUGGGCUUCUGUUUAUUUAGCCAGCACUCCACAGCAAGCCGCCCUGAUGGGACUCAAAUUUCCUGGAGUUGAUGAGGUGGAGGAGAUUGAUGAUGUUGAUGGCAAUUCUAGUGAUCCAUUUAUUGCUGCUGCCAUUGCAAAUGAAAGAGAACUAGAUCUUUCUGAUGAGCAAAGGAGACAAUUUAAAAGGGUCAAAGAAGAGGAUGAUGCAAUUGUUGAUAGGAAGCUUCAAAUCCGUUUGAAACAUAGGAGGCAUCAAAAGAACAGUAAACAGCGAGAAAUGUGCCCACCUGACCUGUUGGCGGAGAGCCACAUACAGAAGCCUUCAUCCGUUGAUCAUUCUAAUCCUGCUAUGAAGGAAGGAGCUGGUGAUGAUGGGAUAAUUAUGUCUGAUAAUAUGGAGACAGAUGAAAUUGAAGGUUUUGAUGCCAGUUAUCAUCUUGCCAAAGAAAAGCCUAUGAGUACUGGUGAUGAACAGAGAGGAACUAAGCGUCUACAUGAUGGGGAGCUCGAACCUGAUAAUAAAAAGUAUCGGACUGUUAUCACUGACAGUGAUGAUGAAGCAGAUGUCAUUGAAGAUAAGUUAGAUUGCAAUAUGAAUACCCUAGGGGAUCAAUCCAAGAUAAAAGAAGGUUUAUGUAUCAGUGGUGCUGAUUCUAUUCCUUUGAAGUGUGUGGAUGACAAGUUUUACUGCACUGUUUGUGAUAAAGUGGCUCUUGAAGUGCACCCACACCCUUUCUUGAAAGUGAUUAUUUGUGGAGAUUGCAAUUGCUUAAUGAAAGGAAAGAUACAUGCAAAGGACCUGGGUCAUGAUCAUUCUGAGGGUUUCUGUGCAUGGUGCGGAGGAAGCAGUGGAUUAGUUAAUUGCAAAUCAUGCAAGAUACUAUUCUGCACCAAAUGUAUAAAGAAGAAUCUUGAUGUAGAAUUCAUUUCUGAAGCUCAAACCACUUGCUGGCAUUGUUGUUGUUGCCGUCCAAAUCUUCUGGAAAGACUGUCAUUGCAACUAGAGAAAGCUAUGGGAUCUGCUGAUAUACUAGUUUCCAGUUCUGGUAGUGAUUCUUCAGAUGAUUCAGAUGCAAAGAUUAAUGUUACAAUCAGCUCUAAGCGAAAGCACAAAAAGAAGAUUCGCCGGAUACUUGAUGAUGCUGAAUUAGGAGAAGAGACAAAAAGGAAAAUAGCAAUUGAAAAGGAACGUCAGGAGCGAUUGAAUUCUUUGCGAGUACAGUUUUCUGCCUCAUCGAUUAAGAUGAGCUCUGCUGGCUUUAUUGGGAAUUUAUCUGAAGGAGCAAGCAUUGAAGUUCUUGGUGACGCACUGGCAGGUUACAUAGUGAAUGUUGUGAGGGAGAAAGGUGAAGAAGCUGUGAGAAUUCCUCCUAGCAUCUCAGCUAAACUGAAGGCCCACCAGAUUGCUGGAAUAAGAUUUAUGUGGGAAAAUAUAAUACAGUCAAUCAGAAAAGUGAAGUCUGGGGAUAAAGGUCUUGGGUGUAUUUUAGCUCAUACCAUGGGCCUUGGUAAAACUUUUCAGGUGAUAGCUUUAUUGUACACUGCAAUGAGAAGUGUUGAUUUGGGGUUAAGAACUGUGCUUAUAGUCACACCUGUCAAUGUGCUGCAUAAUUGGCGGCAGGAGUUCAUCAAGUGGAGACCUUCAGAAUUAAAGCCACUCAGGGUCUCCAUGCUGGAAGAUGUAUCAAGAGAUAGGAGGGCAGAGUUGCUUGCGAAGUGGAGAGCUAAAGGUGGUGUCUUUUUGAUUAGCUACUCUGCUUUCCGAAAUUUGUCUUUUGGAAAGAAUGUGAAAGAUCGGCAGAUGGCCAGAGAAAUUUGCCAUGCUUUACAGGACGGACCUGACAUUCUCGUUUGUGAUGAAGCCCACAUGAUAAAAAAUACAAAGGCUGAGGUAACUCAAGCCUUGAAACAAGUAAAAUGCCAGAGAAGAAUUGCGCUUACUGGAUCACCCCUUCAAAACAAUCUCAUGGAAUAUUAUUGUAUGGUUGAUUUUGUAAGAGAAGGUUUUCUUGGAAGCAGCCAUGAAUUUAGGAACCGCUUCCAAAAUCCUAUAGAGAAUGGUCAACACACUAAUUCAACUCUGACUGACGUGAAAAUUAUGAACCAAAGGUCUCAUAUCCUUUAUGAACAGUUAAAAGGCUUUGUACAAAGAAUGGACAUGACUGUGGUGAAGAAGGAUCUACCACCGAAAACUGUCUUUGUGAUAACUGUCAAGCUUUCUCCCUUACAGAGAAAAUUGUACAAGAGAUUCCUUGAUGUGCAUGGGUUCACUAAGGACAGGGUGCAUCAUGAAAAUUUAAGAAAGAGAAGUUUUUUUGCUGGGUACCAGGCACUAGCUCGGAUAUGGAACCACCCUGGGAUCUUACAAUUGACAAAAGAAGACAAGGACUAUGUAAGACAUGAAGAUGCUGUUGAGAAUUUUCUUGUGGAUGAUAGCUCCAGUGAUGAAAAUUCUGAUUUUAAUGUGCUUGCUGGAGAGAAGAUGAAGUAUGCAAAUGAUUUGCUGCAACGGAAAGAUGAUAAUGGAUUUUUCGUCAAGGGGUGGUGGAAUGAUCUUCUUCAUGAAAAAAUUUAUAAAGAGGUUGAAUACAGUGGCAAAAUGGUUUUGCUGAUAGACAUACUAACCAUGAGUUCUGAUGUGGGCGAUAAGGUGUUAGUUUUUAGUCAGAGCAUACCAACCCUAGACCUUAUAGAACUUUAUCUCUCAAGGAUGCCUCGAUGUGGCAAAAGAGGAAAGUUUUGGAAGAAGGGAAAAGAUUGGUAUAGGCUGGAUGGAAGGACAGAGAGCUCUGAAAGGCAGAAGCUUGUUGAAAGAUUUAACGAGUCUUCGAAUAGGAGGGUAAAAUGCACUCUUAUUUCAACCAGAGCAGGCUCUCUGGGUAUUAAUCUUCAUGCAGCUAACCGUGUUGUUAUAGUUGAUGGUUCUUGGAAUCCAACAUAUGAUCUCCAGGCUAUCUAUCGAGCUUGGAGGUAUGGGCAGACAAAGCCUGUGUUUGCUUAUCGAUUGCUGGCGCAUGGAACUAUGGAAGAGAAAAUAUAUAAGCGCCAGGUAACAAAGGAGGGGCUUGCUGCUCGAGUGGUCGAUAGACAACAGGUGCAUAGGACCAUAUCUAAAGAAGAAAUGUUACAUCUCUUUGAGUUUGGUGAUGAUGAGAACCCUGAAACUUUGGCUGAGCUAAGUCAGGAAAAUGGGCAUACUUGUCAUCAAAAUAAUCCAGUUUUGGUUGGGCAUUCACUGAAGCAUACAGCACCACAUUCAAAUGGGAGCAAUUAUUCUGAUAAGUUAAUGGAAAGCUUACUUAGCAAGCAUCAUCCACGGUGGAUUGCCAAUUAUCAUGAACAUGAAUCCCUGUUACAAGAAAAUGAAGAGGAAAAGCUAUCAAAAGAGGAGCAAGAUAUGGCUUGGGAGGUGUAUCGGAAAUCGUUGGAAUGGGAAGAAGUGCAGAGAGUACCACUCCGUGAGACCAUGCCUGAUCAAAAGCCAGAAAUUCGGAAUGCAAAUGCUAAGCCCCAUGUAUCUGAAACCCGCAGCAUCUCACCAAGUAAGCUAAGGAAUCGUUUCGCGACGCGGAAAUGCACCAACCUUGCGCACUUGUUGACGCUCAGAAGUCAGGGCACAAAAUAUGGUUGCAGUACAGUAUGUGGUGAAUGCGCCCAGCAGAUAACGUGGGAAGACUUGAAGAAUAGAGGUAAGAACGUAGCAAGGUGAAGGAUGACAUAAUCUGAAGUGGUGGUGUUCAUUUAUAAUCUAAUUAAUUUUUUUGUUGUAAAUGGAUCAUGCCCUUAUUCAAAAUCUUUUGUGGAUAAAAUAGAAAUGUACCAACCAAAAAAAUGAAACAAAUAUGUUUGUACUUUGUAUUUUAUGCUGUGGGUUGUUUACGGCUUUUCUUUCGGGCACUUGGGAACGUAUUGCCUGUCAAGUUUCAUUAUAAAGCUUCAUGGAUAUCACGGGUUUUGUUCUAGGGUCCCCAACAUUCUAGGAGGAGAAUGAUUUGACGUUCUAGGAGUUAUCAUGCGGAUACUUCUUACUAGUGGUUAGCAUUAGCAAUUAUACGAUAUAAAUAGUACUUGACUUUAAUG